UAGCCAGAGGAAAAUCCAAGGUUGAAAUGUUGAAAUUCUCUGCCAUGCCAAUGGUACUGCUGUACUAUUUGACUCUCUGGGGCCAGAUAGCUGAUGUUCAAGGCACAGAAGAGCCUGACUUAUACCAUGGUUGUUUGGAAGGAAGCUGUUACCCAGCCACAGGAAACCUGCUCAUUGGGAGGGCCCAAAACCUGAGCGCGACAUCAACGUGUGGCCUGGAAGAGCCUCAGGAGUAUUGCAUUGUCAGCCAUCUUCAGGACUCUGAGAAAUGCUUCAUUUGUGACUCACGUUCAGCCUCUUUCCGUGAGAGCCACCACAUUGAGAAUGUCAUCUACCUUACUGGACAGAAUGGUGAACAGACCUGGUGGCAGUCUGAGAAUGGUGUAGAGCAGGUCAGCAUUCGAUUAGACCUGGAAGCUGAAUUGCACUUUACUCACCUAAUAAUGAAAUUCAAGACUUUCCGUCCAGCAGCAAUGCUCAUUGAGCGUUCAUCAGAUUUUGGGCAAAGCUGGAAAGUUUAUCGCUACUUUGCCUUCAAUUGCUCCAAGCUCUUCCCAGAUGUUCCUACUCAGAUCCCAACACAUGUCAAUCAAGCAAUGUGCGAUGAGAGAUACUCUGAGAUUGAGCCCUCCAACUAUGGUGAAGUCAUUUUCAAGGUACUAGAUCCAGCUGUGAAAGUAGAAGACCCUUACAGCCAGGAAAUCCAAGAUUUGUUACGUGUCACCAACUUGCGGGUGAACUUCACAAAGCUGCACACUCUGGGAGACAAUUUGUUAGACUCACGAUAUCAAGUACUGCAGAAAUACUACUAUGCGGUAUAUGAGAUGGUGCUUCGAGGGAGCUGCUUCUGUUAUGGACAUGCCUCCGAGUGUGCGCCGUUCACAGGAUCGGCUACUCCAGUUGAAGGCAUGAUCCACGGGCGGUGUGUCUGCAAGCACCACACCAAGGGCCUCAACUGUGAGUUCUGCAAGAAUUUCUAUCAGGACUUGCCCUGGAGUCCAGCCGAGGUCCACAAUCCACAUGCUUGCAAAGAGUGCAACUGCAACGAACACUCCCACCGGUGCCACUUUGACAUAGCCGUCUACCUGGCUACAGGUAACUCCAGUGGUGGGGUCUGUGACGAGUGCCAGCACAACACCAUGGGCCGCCACUGCCAGAGCUGCAAGCCGUUCUUUUACCGCAACCCACUGGCUGACAUUAGGGCCAAAACCGCGUGCAUUCCCUGUGACUGUGACCCAGCUGGCUCUUCGGAUGGAGGUGUGUGUGACAGUCAUACAGACACAACGCUGGGUAUGAUUGCGGGGCAGUGUCGCUGCAAAGAGAACGUCAAAGGUGCGCGUUGUGACAGCUGCAAAGAAGGCUUUUACAGCCUGAGCCUGAACGAUCCUCUUGGCUGCCAACCCUGCAGGUGUGACCCUCGUGGGAUCAUCACAGAGAGCAGCUCCUGUGACCAGAUCAGAGGUGAUUGCUAUUGCAAGCGUUUUGUCACUGGGCAGUACUGCGACCAAUGUUUGCCUGAAUACUGGGGUUUGAGCUACGACGUGGCAGGCUGCCGAAGCUGUGCUUGUGAUUUCGGAGGUGCCUACAACAAUAGAUGCUCUAUGAAUGAUGGCCAGUGUCCCUGUCGGCCCCACCUUAUGGGUCGUCAGUGCAAUGACGUGCAGCCGGGGUUCUUCUGUAUGCCCUUGGACUACUACAUGUAUGAAGCUGAACAUGCCACUGGUCUUCCUCCAACCGAUCCAGAUCUCCCAGGUCCCUUGAGGCCAGAAUCGCCUGUGGAUUGUGUGGAAUAUUACAACGGCGUCCAGAAUGGGCGCAGAGUGAGGCUGAGGCGCCAGCACAGCACAAUAAGGCUCUUGCAGCAGCGAGGGGUGCUCUCGCGAGCCCGACAGUUUCAACAAAAGCCUGAUGUGGAAGUUGUACAGAGAGAGCACACGGGCCAUAUGAUCACAUGGACAGGCCCAGGCUUCGCCCGUGUGCGCGAUGGGGCUGGACUAUCCUUCCACAUUGACAACAUUCCUUACCCAAUGGAAUAUGGCAUCUUGUUCCGCUAUGAGCCUGAGUCCACAGAAGAUUGGGAAGUUGUUGUCAGUGUCAGCUCGCAGGACCUACCAGUAAGUCCACGUUGUGGCAAUUUGCUGCCCUCUGAGCAGGUGUAUCAAGGGAGCUUGCCCCAUACCUCCAGGUACUUGCUUCUACCCAAGCCCUUCUGUUUUGAACCCAGAAACCAUUACAAGAUCAUCGUGCGGUUCCAAAGAGCAGGCGUAGCACAACGCCAUCCUGCAGCUUUCAUCCUGGUAGACUCGCUGGUUCUCUUACCCCAUGUGACAGAACUUCCUGGUUUCCAUGGUGACCACCCAGCUUCCGUGGAGCGCCGGGAGGCCCUGGAACACUACACUUGCCUGGAAUUGUUUCGCAUGGCCACCAUGCCUGACUUGCCUGAGACCUGUGCCCGCCUGCUCUGCAGCAUUUCUGCCCUGAUCCAUGAUGGGGGUCUGUCCUGUCAAUGUGACCUCCAGGGUUCCACCAGCAGCGUCUGCCAUAAACUGGGAGGACAGUGCCAGUGUAAGCCCAAUGUUAUGGGUCGGCAAUGUGACCAGUGUAUCCCAGGCACUUACGGAUUUGGACCUUAUGGCUGCAGCUCCUGUGCUUGUUCCCCUGAGGGUUCGACCUCCAAAAUCUGCAACCCAGUAAGUGGGCAAUGCCGAUGCCAGCAGGGUAUCACGGGACGCCAGUGUGAUCAGUGUCCACUAGACCAGUGGGGAUUCCCUCACUGCCGUCCUUGUCACUGUAACGGGCAUGCAGAGAAAUGUGAUUCACACACCGGAGCCUGUCAACAAUGCCGAGAUUAUACAGCAGGCCGCCAUUGUGAAAGGUGCCUGGAUGGAUACUAUGGAGACCCAGUCCUGGGAUCAGGGCAACAGUGUCGGCCGUGUCCUUGUCCCGGAUAUCCAGGUUCUCGCCAAUAUCACGGCAUUUCGUGCCAGGCUGACAGAGGCACAAACCAGAUAGUUUGCUUGUGUGCUCCUGGCUACACAGGGCCACGAUGUGAUCGCUGUUCCCCUGGCUAUUUUGGAACCCCUGGGCAGGAAGGGGGUGCAUGCCGCCCUUGUCAGUGUAACAAUAACAUUGAUCCCAGUGACCCCGAGGCCUGUGACCCACAUACUGGUCAGUGUCUACAUUGCCUUUACAACACCGGUGGACCCCACUGUGCUGAAUGUCAGCCUGGCUACUAUGGCAAUGCCUUUCAACGGAGCUGCCGACGCUGCACAUGUAAUGAACAGGGCACUUUGCCCACCUACUGCUCCGAAGGCAUCUGCCAUUGCGAUCAAACUACAGGCCAUUGCCCCUGCCGUGCCAAUGUGGUGGAAAAGAACUGCGACAGAUGUGCCCAGAACUUCUGGGGUUUCGGCAGCGACUUGGGCUGCCAGCCAUGUAACUGUGAUCCAAUCCAUUCGUUACGCGCAGACUGCAACGUGUUUACAGGGCAGUGCCACUGCCAGCCAGGUUUUGGAGGUCGUGUUUGUUCUCAUUGCCAAGAAAAUCACUGGGGCAACCCAGAAGUGCAGUGCUUAGCUUGUCAAUGUGACCCGAUCGGCUCUGAGAGCCCACAGUGUGACUGCCUAACUGGAGAGUGUUUAUGCCAUGGCAGCUUUACGGGAAGAAACUGUAACCAGUGCCGACGUGGUUUCCAGAAGAACUUUCCCCACUGUUCUCCCUGCCACGAGUGCUUCGGCCAGUGGGAUCUCGUGCUGCAUCAGCUCAAUGAACAGCUGAAAAGGCUGCAGGAGAGAGUGCGGGCCCUGAAGGAAGGCGGCCCCAUACCUGAUGCCAGCAACGGCCGUCUGCGCAGCCUGGAGAGAAGCUUGGCUUGGGUGGAACAGCUUCUGAUGGGUAGAAAGAGUCCGAGUGGUUCUGUGCUACAGCAGCUCAACAACCUCCUAGCAGAUACAAGGGCAGACAUGGAUAAGCUGUGGGAUCACCUGCAAAAUACAGAUUUGGGCCUGGAUAGCACUGAAUGGAAAGUGACAGAGCAAAGGAGCCACCUCAAAGCAUUGAAUGAAGAAGUAGGCAAACUGAACCAGACCGUUAACUACCUUAGAAGUCAACUGGGAAAGAUGGUAAACGCCAGCUUCAGUGAGUCUUUCCGUAGCAUCGUGGAGUACUUCCAGCAAUCGGAACAGGCCCUGAGGCAGGCCAAUGCCUCCGUUCGAGGGCGUCAAAGUCCCGUGGUCCAAGCCAAACAUACCCGGGUGGUCACGGUUGAGCUGUUGAGACAAAGAGGAAAGGCUUUUGGCAAGAGGGCAGCUGCUCACCAAAGGACUCUGAAUAACUUCCAACGGAAGGUUGAUGCUCUCCGCCUGAACAAUAUAAACCAGAAAAUCUGCGGAGGUUCUGGAGAAGAGGCCUGUGAAGAAGCUUCUUGUGGAGGAGCUUCCUGUAAGGACAGUUCAGGCCAAAGGCACUGUGGAGGCCCUGGUUGUACUGGAGCUCUUCCUAUGUCCCUCAAGGCCCUACAUUCUGCCCAGAAUAUCUCACAGCAGCUGGAGACCACAGCAAGUCAGUUGGUCACCAUUGUUAACAAGGUGCAAGAAGUCCAGAACCUGGCACAAGAUGCCAGGAACCACGCUCAGGACAUCUUGGACCAUGCUCAAGGAGCUCGGAACCAGGUAGAGAAAUCCACAGCCAAGCUGAGGGAAUUCAUCCAGAAGAUAAAAGACUUCCUAGCAGAGGAAGGUGCUGAUCCAGAGAGCAUUGAGCUGGUGGCUCAACAGGUCCUGAACAUUCCCCAGCCCAUCAGCCAAAGUGAGAUUGACAGUCUGAUUAAGGAGAUCUUGGAUAGAAUUGGCCAGCUGAACAGAGUGGAUGUUAUCCUGAACUGUACUGUGCAAAACCUAACCCUUGCUAGAGAUUUGCUGACAAAAGCAGAACAGGCCAGGGAAAAAGCAGAAGGUGUACAGGAAAUGGUGGUAGAAACAUCCGGAGUGUUGGACAGUGCCAAAGACAAAGUGAAGGCCGCCGAGCAAGCCCUGAAAAAGACAAAGGAAACCAUCCAGAGUGUGGAAGGCAAAGUCAAACAGGCUGUGACCCAGCUGGAAACACUCCUCAACAAGGAACUGCGACUGGAGAGGCGUCUGAAAGGCUUGGCACAGGAUGUGGCCACCUUACAAAAGAAGUCCCAGGAUAAUCAGCGCCAGGCCCAGCAGGCCACAGGAAAAGCCGAGCGUGCCACUAACAUAGCCCUCCGACUCAAAAAUGAGGUAGACGAGGUGAAGCAGAACUACCAGAAGCUUCAGGACGAAUUGGAGAAACAGCCCAAGGAUGUCCUGCUCAGGCUGAAAAAUCUUAGGGAGGAAGCCCAGAAUCUCCUAGAUAAGGCUAACAGCAGCAAAAGGAAGCUGGAAGAAUUGGAGAAGCGCUUUGGGGACAAUGAGAGAGAAAUGACAAGCAAAACCGAAGAACUUCAGAAGCUGGAGGCCACUGCACUGGGAUUACUGCAGAGUAUCCAAGAGCAAGCCAUUGCCUAUGCUACCUGCUAAGGUCAAAGUUUCUGUGGACAACCCUUUGGGCUGACUUCCUGCCAGCUCUGGACACAACUAUGGUAUGGUGCUUUCUGACGAUGUCAAUAACUGGCUCUUAAGAGACAAGGCUUUGGCAGUAAAUCCAGAGUCUUAAUGUAACCCAGAUCAUUUCAUCCUCAACUGACUAUAGCACUUAAAUCUACCCGGGAUCAGACGUUAAUAGGAUGAUUCCAAUGUGAAUAUUUUGUAAGAACAAUAUGUCUAGUCUAUGUUUUGACCUAGGAUUCUGGAACAUAGGCCAGUUUCUGAUGGUAUCAGCUGGAGAGAUAGAAUAUUUCCCCUGUAGUCAUAGAAUGGGAACCAGUUUGGUGCAGUGGUUAAAGCACAAGGCUAGAAACCAAGAGAUUAUGAGUUUUAGUCUUGCCUAAGGCAUGAACCAACUAGGUGACCUUGGGCCGGUCACUCACUCUCUGCCUAGAAAAGAGGCAUGGGCAAACCACUUCUGCAAUCUUGCCAAGAAAACAGCAGGGACUUGUCUAGCCAGUUGCCACCAGUCAACCAUGAUUUGGAGAUAAAUUGUUAUCCUAGUCAUGGAAAUACUUCCUCCUUCAAUACCCUCUUCCUAUCAUUCACAAUGAUAUUUUCAUUAUAGUGUGGAAACCAGCAUAAUUUCUGUAUCACCCAGGCUGCCAAUAUGAAUGCUGUAAAAACUUAAUUUAACUGACUGCCGUUCAAGAUUACUGAUCUUUCCUGGCACCUUUUUAAUUAUUGGUGUCCUUAUUUUUUUUAAUACAGUAAGGCACAUAUACACAAAAACAAUAAUUUUCUAAGAGAUUUUCCUUUCCUGGUUCCCUCAACUCCCAUAGUCAUCAAUUAGCAACUAGGACAGGGGUCUUCAAACUUAACAGCUUUAAGACUUGUGGACUUCCACUCCCAGAAUUCCUCCUCCAGUCACGUUAGCUCAGGAAUUCUGGGAGUGGAAGUCCACAAGUAUUAAACUUGUCACAUUUGAAGGUCCUUGAACUAGGUGUUGGUUACAGCAACACACAUACAAACUCAAAAUUAGGAGAAUUUUCCUAAUUUUGAUGACUGUUAAGCAGUGAAACCCCUCCCGGAGUCAUGGCAGCUCUAUCACUGGUGGUUUUCAAACAAAGGCUGAACAACCAUUUGUAUGACAUGAUAUAAAGAUCUUCUAGUCCAGGGUUGGACUAGAACUCCAUGAUCAUUUUCAAUUUACUAUUGUAUUAUUUUAAGUCCAACAUCACUGGCUUGGAGAAGACUGCAGGCCCUGAUACAAUAUUCAUCUCCUAUGAAUAUUUAUUGAAGGUCUCCUUCGGUAUGUCCCACUCCAGAUGAGGAACUUCCACUAGUGAGUUAAUGUCAGUAAUGAUUAUUUUGGGUUACCAAUUAUAGCCAUCAGCACACAUUAAUAUUAUUUUUUAAAAAAAAUACAAGGUAUGGAAAGUAUGCUUCUUGAAUUCUUUCCAACCCUGAGUGGCUUCAUUCUGGGUCACCUGACCAGGAUAAAUGGGGGCUUAAGAAUAGAGCACCUGGUAGCAUUCUAUUAUGGGUCUCCCAUAGGGAUAACAAAAUAACAGAGCUGGAAGGGACCUUGGAGAUCUUCUAGUCCAACCCGCUGCUCAGGCAGGAAACUAUAUCAUUUCAGACAAAUGGUUAUCAUCCAGUCGCUUCUUAAAAACUUCCAGUGUUGGAGAAUUCACAACUUCUGGAGGCAAGUUGUUCCACUGGCUAAUUGUUCUAACUGUCAGGAAAUUUCUCCUUAAUUCUAGGUUGCUUCUCUCUUUGAUUAGUUUCCACCCAUUGCUUCUUGUCCUGCCCUCAGGUGCUUUGGAAAAUAAAUUGACCCCCUCUUUUUUGUGGCAGCCCCUGAGAUAUUGGAACACUGCUAUCAUGUUGUACCCAAUUCCAGCAACCGUUCUUCAUAUGUUUUUUAGCUUCCAGUCCCGUAAUGGGGACUGGGACGCAUGUUUCUGAAUUUUAUUAUUCUCCAUCAGAUCUAUCCCAUUUCCUAACUCCAUUUUUCUUGUCUUUAUUUCUCCCCCUGCACACACACCCUUCAAAUAUGAUCCAGUUCGCAAUCAGUUUUGCCGAUAGAAAGACACACUCGGUAGAUAGACUAAUAGGCAGGCAUAAUCCUAAAUCCCUUUAGGUAAUUUCUUUCCAACAUGCUGAGCUGGGAAGAAUAAAAAAAGAUUGAAAUAGAUUCAGACCCAUUGUAAUCUUAAUAGCUUAGGAUGAACUCCAGUUCUCUUAUUGCCUCGUACAAGGAAAAUGUAAGGAGAGAAGAGGGUUCCCCAAAGUCUGUUGAUGAACCAACCAACAUUGAUUAAACGUUAGAUGGAGAUGGAGAAUUGGACAACUUAGCAAAUGAUCAGUUAGAGAUGAUUUGUUGAGAUGAGAUAGGAAAUUCCAUUUUAACAGAAGCAGAACAAUCAAUUAAUGGAUGUUUUUACCUUAUUUACAUGUCUCCUCCCCUUCAGACCUAUCCGGUACAAUACAGCUGGCAUUGAAGGUAAUCCUAGAUUUCAGGUCAUUUUCUUUUCACAUCCAUCCAUCAUUCAGCUUGAUUCCCACAGCCAUUUUUUUACCUACUUGUCUAAGAGAAGACUGACUGUAUUUCAAAACUAUUUAGAUAGAUAUUUAACCCAAUAUAGUAUAUCCCUCUUCCAUUUAAUGUUUUCCUGUUACAGAUGUAAUUAUCUGGAGAUAAAGAAAUGCCUCACGACUCCUAAUGGGUCAGUGGUGGGAUUCAAUUUUUUUUACUACCGGUUCUGUGGGCGUGGCUUGGUAGGUGUGGUAUGGCUUAGUGGGUGUGGCAGGGGAAGGAUAUUGUAAAAUCUC